AUGGCUGCAGGGAGUAAAAUGAUCGAUACAACCGAGCACCCCAUCCUCAUCGGAUUGGUGCUCAUCGGCCUCUUCUUCAUCAUCCGGAAUCUCUACCUCUCCUUCCGAUCCCAGCAACGAGCCAAAGCACUCGGCUGCCUGCCAGCUGUACAUGGUCCAUCCGGACCGUUUGGCAUCGGAUUUUUCCUACAAGUCGCCAAGGCAGCUCGAGAAGGAAGACGUAUCCAAUUACAUGAUUCUCUUUAUAAAACCUACGGACCUACCUUUAAUCAAAAGACUCCAAGCAAUGAUGUCUUGUUCACCAUUGAUCCGGAGAAUAUUAAAGCUAUUUUGACAUCUCAAUUCAAUGACUUUGGGCUUGGUCACCGCGCAAAAACUUUCUGGCCAUUGUUGGGCGAUGGCAUUUUCAAUGCCGAUGGCCAGAUGUGGUCGCAUGCUAGGACGUUGUUGCGUCCUCAAUUCACAAAAGAUCAGGUCGCCGACCUCCAACUCAUGGAUGAACACAUCACAGACUUUCUAGCCAAAAUCCCCAAAGACGGCUCCCUCUUCGACAUCCAACCCCUUUUCUUCUCCUUCACAAACGAUUCUUCCACCCACUUUUUAUUUGGCGAGUCCCUCGCCAACUCCAAAAAUGCAGCUGGACGCAGCGACGCAGCCGAAUUCGGUCGCGCAUUCGACAAAUCCCUUGAAUGGAUCAGUCGGCGCAUAAGUGCACAGAAACUUAGUUUCCUCGUUGACGGAAACAAGGAAUAUACUUCUGCCUGCAAAUAUGUGCACGACAUUGCUGACCAUUACGUCUGUAUAGCUUUGGAGUCGCGCAAGAACACCAAAGUCUCUGACCGAUAUGUGUUUUUGCAAGCGCUUGCAAAUGAUACUCAGGACCCCAAGGUGUUGAGAGAUAAUAUCCUCAAUUUGUUGAUUGCGGGUCGUGAUACGACUGCUAGUCUGUUGAGCUCGGUUUUGUUCUAUCUGUCCCAUGCCCCGGCCAUAUGGAAGCGUUUACGCCGGGAAAUCAUCGAUGAAUACGGUGAUGCAGCUCAUCCAACUGGCGAAAUCACUCACGCCAAUAUCAAGAAUAUGCGAUACUUGAGAUAUGUUCUCAACGAGGCCCUUCGUCUCCUCCCCCCAGUCCCCAUCAACAGUCGCAUGUCAUUCAGAGAUACAUCUCUCCCCCGCGGCGGAGGUCCCGAUGGCAAGGGACCCAUCUUCGUUAAAAAGGAUACCGUCAUCCCAUUCAGUCUGUACAGAAUGCACCGACGAACUGAUAUCUGGGGUCCGGACGCCGAGGAGUUUAGGCCUGAGCGAUGGGAAGAGAAUGCUUCUUCAAAGACAUGGGAGUAUAUCCCGUUUAAUGGUGGGCCGCGUAUUUGUCUUGGCCAACAAUAUGCCCUCAUCGAGGCAAGUUACAUGCUUAUUAGAUUGGCGCAGAAUUUUGAUACCCUUGAGAACGACGGGGGGAGCCCAGUGCCUGAUGCAAAGGUGGAUUUGACAUUGACGCAUCGGAAUGGUGUGCAUGUGCGACUGUUCAAGAUCAAAGCAUAA